CUUUGUUUUCCUUCUGUGUGGAUUGUAUUCUACAUUUUUUUGUAACUUUUUUCAACCACUUUUAUUUUGUCUUCUUUUGUGUGCCACCAUUUUUUCACUUCUACUAGUUUUUUAGGAAAUUUCAUUGAGUAAACUGUAACAAUUGAUAAAAGCGUUCGAUAAUACAUCCCAUCCAUCACACGGAGCCGCUACCAAAUAAACAACAAACUACACAAUGCGAAAAACGCAUUAUUCAUCGAUAGCGCUUUUAUUAGCGGUGAAUCUAUUAAUUGGUCCACUAUUCAUAAAUACGGUCAGUGGAGCAGAAGAGGAACAAGAUUUUGAUGAUGGUGUUGUGGAAGAUUUACAAGAUGACAGUGCUGCCUUAGCCACCGAUGAUAAUGGCGAAGAAAUAGUUUAUGAAAGUCCUAAAUAUGAUGCCAGCAAAUUCUCUUUUGUGGAUCAUUUUGAUGAUAUUGAAAAAUCUCAAAAACUUUGGGUGAAAUCUCAGGCUAAAAAAGAUGAUAUUGCUGAAGAAAUAGCCAAAUAUGAUGGCGUUUGGAGUUGGGAAGCACCACAACGUAUUGUUUGGAAAAAUGAUAUUGGCUUAGUGUUGAAAUCAAAAGCCAAACAUGCAGCCAUAGCCUCAAAACUAACUAAACCAUUUACCUUUAAAGAGGACAAACCCUUAGUGGUACAAUACGAAGUAACUUUACAGGAGGGUCAAGAAUGCGGUGGUUCAUACAUUAAAUUAUUGUCUGCUGGCAAAGCCACUGAUGACCUUACAAAGUUCAAUGACAAAACUCCCUAUACCAUUAUGUUUGGUCCCGAUAAAUGUGGCAAUGAUAUUAAAAUGCAUUUCAUUUUCCGCCAUGUUAAUCCAAUUAAUGGCAGCAUUACUGAAAAACAUUGCCGUAAAGCAAAAGACCGUUUGGAGGAACCUUUCAAAGAUAAAUUACCCCAUUUGUACACCUUGAUUGUGCGUCCCGAUAAUACCUAUGAAAUUCGUGUCGAUCACAAAGUCAUUAAUGAGGGUUCUUUAUUGAGCGAUUUUACACCCGCUGUCAAUCCACCACGUGAAAUUGAUGAUCCAGAAGAUAAGAAACCAGAAGAUUGGGAUGAACGUGAAAAGAUACCUGAUCCCUCUGCCCAAAAGCCCGAUGACUGGGAUGAUGAUGCUCCUCCACAAAUACCAGAUCCCACAGCUACCAUGCCAGAGGGUUGGUUGGAAGAAGAACCUGAAAUGAUUUCUGACCCCUCUGCCACCAAGCCCGAAGAUUGGGACUCUGAUAUGGAUGGUGAAUGGGAAGCUCCUCUGGUCGAUAAUCCCGUGUGUGAAAAAGCCGUCGGCUGUGGCAAAUGGAAGGCACCUUUGAUUGCCAACAAAGAAUACAAGGGUAAAUGGCGUGCACCUAUGAUUGAUAAUCCCAACUACAGAGGUAAAUGGACACCCAGACAAAUACUAAAUCCAGAUUUCUUUGAAGAUCUAACACCCUUCAAAAUGACUCCCAUUUCUGCUAUUGGCAUUGAAUUGUGGUCCAUGUCCAGUGACAUUUUAUUCGAUAAUCUUAUUAUCACCGAUGAUGUUGAAGUUGCCACAGAUUAUGCCAUCAAAACGUUUGACAUCAAACGUAAAUUUAUCGACAAAGAAUCUGAUACAUUUUUAAAUAAAAUGAUUGCUUACGGCAAAGAGAAUCCAUGGUCCUGGCGUAUUGCCAUUGUUCUCAUUGUAGCACCAUUGGCAUUCUCAUUAUAUCGUUUCUUAAGUAAAGGAGGCAAAAAGGAUUCUGCUGCUGAAGCUAAGAAAACCGAUGCUCCUCAGCCAGAUGAUGAUGUUGCUGCUGCAGUAGCUGAUAACACAAAAUCUAGUCCCAUAAAGAAAAAGUCUGAUUUAGAUGUUAAAAAUGAUGAUGGUGCAGGCGCCGCCGAAGAUAAUGAGGAUGAUGAAUCCAGUGAGGGCAAAGACUCCACUGAAGAUGUUGAUAGUGGAGAUGUUGAAAAAGAGACUGAGGAAACUUCAUCGAAACCCCGUAAACGCCGUGUGCGCAAAGAUGAGUCCUAAUUUUUUCUAAAAACACCAAAUCAACACAAUAAAAACAAAAAAUCCAUUUAGUACUUUUCUCAUUUAUUUACAAAUUUAUAAGAAAUAUUCCAAAAACAUGAAAUGGCAGCAAUUCCAUAGCAAAUCAAAUAUAAACUAGAAAAAAAUUGUUGUAUUCAAAAACGAAUUAGAAAAUCAAACAAAAACAAUUUCUUAUAAAUGCAGUUUCCAGCAUUUUGAAUAUUAUUGCUUAAUUUUAUAAAUUAAACAUUUGAAAGAAUAAUUUUUUUGUUUAUUUAAAAUAAAAAACUAUAAGGGAGUAUAAAUUGUUAAAACUUUGAAGAAGAGUUAACGAAUAAUUAAAGUAAUUUAGCAAUUGAAUAAAUUAAAUAUUUAAAUAGAAUAUAUUGGUUUUUCAUGAGGGAAAUAGUUUGAAUAUUGGAAGGGAAUUAUAAUUGAAGCGAUUUACUGCUGCUGCCUCUACUACCACAAACUUAAGGUUUUCAAAGAAAAAAUUUGUGGCUCAAAGCUUUAAUUGUAAUUCAAUUCUGUUAAAGCGGCAAUAAAUAGCACUAUAUAUAUAUAUAAAAAAAACAGUUUAAAAUGCAUUAUUUAUAUACAUAUUUAUGUUGAAUAGCAAUUAACUCUUAACUAUUAAUACAAAUAAAAACAUUCUCAUAUAAUUAUUUUUAUAUACGUCUAUGUAUAUUUAUAUAUACAUGCAUAUAAUAUUAUAAAGUAUGUAUUUUAUUUUUUCUGUCUAUAUACAUUUCAAAUAUUUUCCUCUGUUUCCUUCCCUCCAGCAAAACAAAGAAGAAAUAAAAAAUAAAAUUAAAAUCAUUUGAACAAUAACGCAACAUUCUGUUUUGUACAUUGUUUAAUUAAUAAUCAAUUAAUUUUCUCCAUCUCUUAUUAUUUUUAUUGUAAUAUUAUUUCUUUUUUGUUUAACUUUUUUUUUCUCUUCUUUUUUCAUAGUAUCGUUAAUUUAUAAAUGAAUUUGUAUGUGUGUAGUUUUAUUUUAUUUCUAGUAUAUUAAAUGUAUUAAAAUAAAACCAAUUCAAAUCAUUAAAAAACCAAAAAAAAAAAUAAACAAAAAACUAUAAAAAAA